AUGGAACAGUUGCGCCCGCCGUUGCCGUUGGCACCGCCACUCCUUCCUCCCCGUUUGCAGUUCCCGAUACCUGGUCCGGCAACAGUGCCACAGUUUCCCAUUGCUGCGCCCCAGUUCCCUCCCGUUUCGGCGGCAGCGAAUCCUCCGCCAUCCUGGAACCCCGUACCUCCAUUUAUGAACGUUCCUCCGGUGCUGCCUCCCACCGCCACUCCUCCAUCUGCUCCGGUGCCGAUGUUGCAGCCUCAGCCUCAGACCUCGGUCGCCGCUCCGUCACCCGAAAAACCUUCGUCGUCAAAAGCGGCACAGGUGAGCAGCGCAGAUAGGGUUCAGCCGCCUGUCGUCGCGCGUUUUACCGUUUAUCCAUAUUGA